AUGGAAGAGGUAUAUAUUUCAUCCAGUGAUCUCAUCCGACAUGUCGAAAAAUGUGUGCAUGAAUGUGCUAAUAAAUCUGAUAUUCUUCUUUCAAGUUUGGCUGGUUGUUCAUCCGAUACAAUGACAACAAAUCUAGUGAACAAUAUUGCCGAUUUUGCUGAGCUUUGGUUUCCAUUGUACAUAGAUUUUCUUUUUGAACUACCGAUGGUGGAUUCCAAAAAGGAAAAACUUCGAUUUAUCGAACAAUGUCGAAGACAUUUUGCUCAUAAUCCAGGUGCACUACAAUUAAUCGCUGAAUUUGAAGAGUAUUAUGAGCCUCAUGGGGCUUUAUACUAUUAUACUUGUGAUGGAUUUUUCUAUCGUAUUGUCAAUCGAGCCUUACGUCGACAAGCUAUCGAGUGUAUUCGAGAUUUUCGAUUUUUUCUGCUUGAUAUUCGCAAUCAGUUACAAUUAGCUCAUGAGAAAUUUCUAGACGAUACAAAAGUGGGCAUGUCAAAAACUUUCUUUCGAGGCCAACUUAUGUCUGAUGCUGAGCUAGAAGAACUACAGAAGAAGCAUCGUGAAGGUACAUUGAUUACUACGAAUAGCUAUCUGUCAACGAGCGAAAGUAUUGAAACCGCUCGGAUAUUUGCUGGAAAACCGACAAAUGGAAUCGUAUCGAUUCUAUUCGAAAUCACCGCUGAAAUAAAAGAUCCACAGAUCAAACAACGUAAACCGUUUGCGAGAAUUGGUCAUCUCAGCAAGUUUGGGGAAGUGGAACGUGAAGUGUUGUUUUCUAUUGGUUCAUUCUUUAAAAUAGAUCAAAUUGACGAAGAAUCAUCUUCGUGUUGGCUCGUCAAAAUGACCUUUGUCGAUGAAGAUGAUCAAAAUCAGAUUGUGACCAGUGAUUUUCGGAUAUUAAGAACCUGUUCACUGGAAAUGAAGGUUAUCAAAAUUGGUGAUUUACUCGCCAAACACUCACAACAGGGAAUAUCAAAAGCCAGAGACUUCUAUGAUCUGAUCAAAACAACAAACAGUUCGGAGGCUCUUAAAGCAGCCUGUGAUGCCGGGCUCGGAUGGCUUGCUCUCAAUGAGAAAAAUGUAAGUUUAGCUAUCGAACAACAACAGAUAGCCCUUGCCAUUUACGAAAAAUUGAAAAGUGAAUGUGACAGUGAAAAUCUCACACAUCUAUACAUUACGAGUUAUAACUGCAUUGGAGCAUGUUUUCGUCAGAUAAAGAAGUAUCCUCAAGCAUUACAAUAUUAUUGCAAAGCUGACAAAUUAGCUUUGAAAGUACCAAUCGAUAAAUAUGCUAUGUAUGAAGGAUAUCGAAAUAUCACUUCAAUUAAUAUUGCUUUGACGCAUAAACUAUUGGGUAAUGUUAACCAAACUUGGGAACUUUACAAGAAAAUUCUUGCCUAUGAAAUGAAUACAUCAACUCAUUUUCAUGGUCCUACAUAUCUAACUAUUGCUCAAGCCGGUCUUCAUGAGGCGCAGGUAGCUAAUAACGUUGGUGAAUAUGAACAACAUUUUCAACAUUGGAAAGCCUUUCUCGAUCUCAGCCUGACUAAUAUGUCUUCCAGUUAUAGACGCAGCAUUAUCUCUGGAGUGCUUGUCAUCGGUUUUCAGUAUGCCGAUAAUCACCGAACACAAACAAUGGCUAUGGAUUACUUUCAAAAAGUCAUUCGAAUUUCACGUCGAUAUAUUAACGUCAAUCGAGAUGAUUAUCGUAUUGUUCUCGAUUGCCUAAAUCAAUUGGCACGAUUGAACACCAAAAGACAACAGUAUGUUCAUUCAAUGAAUCAUGCAAUGGAGGCAUUAAAUAUGUGUCGUCAAGAUGACUUGGGUGGUAUUGUAGAAUGUUAUAAAAGUAUCGCUUUGAAUUAUGAACAACAGCUAUUGGAUCAGGAGAAAGAUUUAACUCCAGAUGAUAUUCAUCGAAUGAUUAUUGACAAUCCCUUUACUAACGUUAUUGAAACUGCAGUUCCAAGUAUAGUAAUAGCCUUCGAACGUAGUGAAUUUGCUUUUGGACACUCUCCAAUCAAAAGAAUGAAUCGAAAAUUUCUAGAAGAAACCAAUGAUCUGCAAAGAUGUUUGACUUAUUGUUAUUUGAAAUUGGCUACUUUAACACAAGCACAAGGAUAUAAAGAGAAUGAUAAUCGAUUGACAGAUAAAGUUCGUGAUUGGCUGGAGAAGAUACCGAAGUCAUUGAAGGAUGAUUUUCAAGUUCAACAGAUCUGUACGAAUAAUAUGAAUUAUUUAAACGAAGAUUUUGAUCCGAUUAUCAACAAUUAUCGAGAAGAGCUUCAGAAAAAUGAGCAAAACAACAAGGUAUGUAUUGGUGAAGAUGCAUUUUCUUAUAUUGCACAUUUAUAUGCGAGAAAGAAGAAUAGAGAUGAAGAACAUCGAUGGUACAACUUAGCUGUUCAAUAUUUUCAAUCUCAUGGUCAUAUAUGUAAACAUACGGUCAUAUGCUUUCGUAAAUUAGCUCAUUUUUACGAAAAAUAUGAGAAUAUGAUUGCAGCAAUGAAUGUUUAUGAAACAUUAAUUAUUUAUUUAGUGGAACAUCUUCCGUGUUCUUUUCUUCGAACUUCCAUCAAGCCUAUUGGUAUGAAUAUUGUUGAUCAUUUCAAGAAACAAGGAGAUAACAAGCGAGCUCUUCUUAUUCUUCAAGAUCUGAUUGAUUUGAUGCUGAUCGAGUCUGUUAACGGUGAGCGUGAAAUCAACGAACAGUUUAAAAAACUCAUUGGCAAAUGUAUGGAUGCUGCCUGUGCUAUUGCUAAUUUGGCUUAUGGACAGUAUUUAGAAGUACUCUUACGACAUAAACUUCAACCGUUCGAUUCCUAUAUCAGUGACAUCGAGCCUGCUUUUCGUCAAGCUAUUUCAGUACAUCAAACAGACAAAAAUUACUGUAAAUCUGUCGAAAUCUAUCAGCAAUACAUUGAAUUACUAAUCAAUAGUACGAUUAAUCAUGAAUCCAUUGUAGCGGCAUUCAAACGUCUUGCAUACAACUUUGAGACUUUGCGAUUAUCCAACGUAGAACUUGAUAUGUAUACAUAUUUGGGUAAAUUUAUUAUUAAAUAUCAGAAAAACGAUGAUAGAGUGUUGGCUGGUUUCGUUAUUGUUCGAUGCAAAUUUAUCAAAAUGUCGAGUGGAGUUUUUCAUGACGAAGCUCAACAAAUGUUUAUUCCAUUAAUAAAAUUCUAUCGAAAUUCUUUCGAACCGCAUGCUGUCUACUCUGAAUACUUCAAGUCAAGACAUGCUACUCUUCCACGUCAUACAGUCAGUGGUAUAUAUCUCAGUCUAUUAGAAUUAUGUUUUCAAUAUCGUUCAGAAUUCUAUCAGAAUCACAUGAAAAAGAACAUCGAUGAUUUACGAAACUCAUCGGUAGAGUUAGCUGCUUUCAUCACAACGUAUCGGGUGAAUUACAAAGCGCUCAUUCUCGAGAUUUUCAAAAAAUAUGGCAAUCAACCUAUAGUUCAUCGUUCUUCAAAGCAAUUCAUUUUGAAUUUUGAAGCUGCUGCAAUGAACUGGCUUUCAACAGUAGAAAAUGAUCGAACAGUCUAUCGGAGUCAAGUUCUUCAUUCUCUUUUGGAAUGGCAUUCUAUCGAUGACGAAUGUCUAGCAAAAUGCUAUGCACAAAUGGGUGACAAGCAGAGAGCGGCUUCAUUGUUUGAUACUGACGUUUAUGGCGAUCCAGCACUGCGUUUUAAUUCCAAUGCAUGUCGUCGUUUUCUUCAACACGUCUAUCAUCAAGCAUCUGCCGAGGAACGACGGGAACUCGAACAUCGUUAUCAACAACAUUUCUUGCUCGUGUGUGAUUCUUUUUCAGAUGAAAUGUAUUUCGAAAUUCUUCCAUUAGAAUAA